AUGGCAGAUACCACUGUUCCAAUCGAGCUUCCCGUCAUUGACAUCUCCAAUCCGCAUGACCCCGCGGUGGGGAAAGCCAUGCUGGAUGCCGCUGCCAAGUAUGGUUUUUUGUACGUCAACAGCAAAGGCGCCGACUUCACGGUGAACGAUGUAGACCAUGCAUUCGGAUUGUCCAAGAAGUUCUUUGCAUCUCCUCAGGAGGAGAAACAGACAUGCCAAAUCCAGCAGAAUAACCGUGGCUGGUCUGGGAUGCAUACAGAAACUCUCGACCCCGAACACCAGCGGGCAAGUCAUGGCCUUCCUUCCCGAUUCGCUAAGUAUACAGCACCAGGACUAACAUCGAAUAUCACACAUAGACCGGAGAUUUCAAAGAGUAUGAAACAACAUAUCUACACCCUGAGUAAAUACCCCAGACCAACAGCUAACCGUCCAACCAGAGCCAUGAACUUCGGCGACUUCAAGGAUGGCAAAGCCCAACAGCCUCUACCACCAUCACUAAGCCCCCACGAAGCCGAAAUCAACGACUUCGCCAAACUCUGCAAUAAAACCUGCAGCCGAAUCCUGACCUUGCUAGCCCUAGGUCUAGACAUCCAAGAAGACUUCUUCACAACAUGCCAUGACCCAAGCAAGGGCCCAACAGGCAGUAUCCUGCGGUACUUAUUCUACCCCUCGAUCUUCUCCCCGAAGACGGCAGACUACAAGCACGACAAGGACGUGCGGGCCGGCGCGCACUCAGACUACGGUAGCAUAACGCUGCUCUUCCAGCGGCCCGGCCAACCAGGGCUGGAGAUCCUGACGCCGGAGGGUAGCUGGGCGCCUGUGCCCAUUGUGCCUGGCAGCGGCGAGACGUAUCCGUUUCCGCCGAUUCUGGUGAAUAUCGGCGAUUUGCUGAGUUAUUGGACGGAUGGGCUGCUUAAGUCGACUGUGCACCGGGUGGUGUUCCCGCUUGCCGAGCAGCAGAGUCCUAACCCGCAGGAUCGGUACACGCUGGUUUAUUUCUGUCAUCCGAUUGAUAACACGGAGCUGGUGCCUGUUCCUAGUGGAGUUGUUGCCGCGCACCGGGAGCGGACGGGAGGUAUUCCUAGUGAUGAGAGGGUUGGGUUUGGGGGUGGAGCUGGGAAUUUGGAGCCUGGGAAGAGACCCUUGACGGCACAUGAGCAUCUUAUGUCGAGGCUAGAGGCUACGUAUGCGUAUACGAAGGAGUAA